AUGUACAGCCGAUUAUUUAUUUUGUAUGGUUUGAUCUUAACAAUUACAGAACAAAUUGAAGAACCUGUGACACUUACUGAAAACCAUAAUAACACCUUACAACAGUUCUAUGGUGAAGAUGUGAUUUCUAAUAAUUUUACGGGUAAACCAGUUUUGGAAAAAGAAGAAUCUGAUAAUUCAUUUUUUGCAGAUGGAAUGUUGGAUAGGAUCGAGAGCAAUAUUGUGGUACAUGGAAAAGGAUACGUUCUAACAAUGGGAGACAGGACACAAGUUUGUUUACCAGUUUGGAUAAGAAAUAUAGGCAUCUGCUAUUUUACGGCAAGUUGAAAGAGAAUCAAGUUUUAAAUCAAAUUCAAGACUGUUAAUGGCAUAGGCGGAGAUCCUGUGAAAUAUUGAGGGGGGCUCAAAUAUUUGGUAAUAAACUGACCCGUGGGGGCUUUGCCCCCACACCCCCAACAAUCAUUUUUACAUUUAAUAACUCAUUAAAAUAAUUAACUGAAUAAUAAAUUUUUAAAACGUUUUUUCAAGGACCGAUAUCAAAUAACAAUAAGCAAAAUAUAAUUUAGAAAAUGGUAUAUUAAUUAAUCAUGAUAAACUUUACAACCAAUAGCAAACAGCCAUAGCAAUCUGUCUAUAAUAGCCGGAAUAGCUCACUAUAAUAUCAGGCAUCAAGGCAGUUAUUAUCGUUUCUUGUGAUAU